CUUCCAAGCCUUGAGAAGCAGGCCUCGAGAAAUCCCUUCUCCCGCCAGGCUUCGGCGUGAGUUAAAAUCAGGCAGCCGGAAAGCAACAGGCCCAGGCCCGCAGCCGGCGGCCUCGCAGCGCCGGGACGCCGGGAGAGCGCGGGGACUCCACGAGCCCGGCGCGGGGUUUUCCGCAUCUUACGGGCGGGGCCGGAAGAGGAAGUCGGCGCUGCCGUGGCGGCCCCUGCAGCAGCGACGGUCCCAUCCUAGCCUGGCCAGCCCCUGUCCGGUCCGGUCCUGCCACGGAGGCAGCUUAGCGUCGGGACCCCGAGCGUACCCCGCCGAGUGAGCCGCGCCGCCCCACCCGGCUCCCACCGGCCCGAUGGGGCCGCAGCGGCGGCUGCCCCCUGUCGCGGCCGCACUGCUCUUGGGCUUCCUGCUCCCGCUGACAGCUGCUCAGGAAGCAAUCUUGCAUGCGUCUGGAAAUGGCACAUCCAAGGACUACUGCAUGCUUUAUAACCCUUAUUGGACAGCUCUUCCAAGUACCCUAGAAAAUACAACUUCCAUUAGUUUGAUGAAUCUGACCUCGACACCACUAUGCAACCUUUCUGAUAUUCCUUCUGUUGGCAUAAAGAACAAAGCAGUUGUGGUGCCAUGGGGAAGCUGCCAUUUUCUUGAAAAAGCCAGAAUUGCACAGAAAGGAGGUGCUGAAGCGAUGUUAGUUGUCAACAACAGUGUCCUAUUUCCUCCCUCAGGUAACAGAUCCGAAUUUCCUGAUGUGAAAAUACUGAUUGCAUUUAUAAGCCACAAAGACUUUAAAGAUAUGAAGCAGACUCUAGGAAAUAAUGUUACUGUGAAAAUGUAUUCUCCAUCGUGGCCUAACUUUGAUUAUACUAUGGUGGUUAUUUUUGUAAUUGCUGUGUUCACUGUGGCAUUAGGUGGAUACUGGAGUGGACUAGUUGAAUUGGAAAACUUGAAAGGAGUGACAACUGAAGGUAGAGAAAUGAGGAAAAAGAAGGAAGAAUAUCUAACAUUUGGUCCUCUUACAGUUGUGAUAUUUGUGGUCGUCUGCUGUGUUAUGAUGGUCUUACUUUAUUUCUUCUACAAAUGGUUGGUUUAUGUUAUGAUAGCAAUUUUCUGCAUAGCAUCAGCAAUGAGUCUGUACAACUGUCUGGCUGCACUAAUUCGGAAGAUACCGUAUGGACAAUGCACGAUUGUGUGUCGUGGCAAAAGCAUGGAAGUGAGACUUAUUUUUCUCGCUGUACUAUGCAUAGCAGUAGCUGUUGUUUGGGCUGUGUUUCGAAAUGAAGACAGGUGGGCUUGGAUUUUACAGGAUAUCUUGGGGAUUGCUUUCUGUCUGAAUUUAAUUAAAACACUGAAGUUGCCCAACUUCAAGUCAUGUGUGAUACUUCUAGGCCUUCUCCUUCUCUAUGAUGUAUUUUUUGUUUUCAUAACACCAUUCAUCACAAAGAAUGGUGAGAGUAUCAUGGUUGAACUUGCAGCUGGACCUUUUGGAAAUAAUGAAAAGAAUGAUGGAAACUUGGUGGAAGCCACUGGUCAACCCUCAGCUCCCCAUGAGAAAUUGCCAGUAGUCAUCAGAGUACCAAAGCUGACCUAUUUCUCAGUAAUGAGUGUGUGCCUCAUGCCUGUUUCAAUAUUGGGUUUUGGAGACAUUAUUGUACCAGGCCUAUUGAUUGCGUACUGUAGAAGAUUUGAUGUUCAGACUGGUUCUUCUUAUAUAUACUAUGUUUCCUCUACAGUUGCCUAUGCUAUUGGCAUGAUACUUACAUUUGUUGUUCUGGUGCUGAUGAAGAAGGGGCAACCUGCUCUCCUCUAUUUAGUACCUUGCACACUUAUUACUGCCUCAGUUGUUGCCUGGAGACGUAAGGAAAUGAAAAAGUUCUGGAAAGGUAACAACUAUCAGAUGAUGGACCAUCUGGACUAUGCAACAAAUGAAGAAAACCCUGUGAUGUCUGGUGAACAGAUUGUCCAGCAGUAAUAAUAUGUGGAACUGCUAUAAUGUGUCACUGAUUUUCUACAAAUAGACUUUGACUUUUUAAAUUGACUUUUGAAUUGACAAUCUGAAAGAGUCUUCAAUGAUAUGCUUGCAAAUAUAUAUUUUUCUGAGCUGGUACUAACAGUUACAUCAUAAAUAAUUAAAAUGCUUUGCUUUUAAUGUUAAAGUUGUGCCUUCACAUGAAAUAAAAGCAUAUGGUCUGUGUA